GAUGAUGACUCCUGAGAGUUUCUACUUGAAACUCGCCGAGUUGUUGGAGUCUUCUGGACUGAGUCUCAUUUUCAAUGUCAGAGAAACAUUGCUGGACUUGUACCUGUUUUACUUGGAGGUGACCAGAAGAGGAGGAUAUCACCCGGUUGGUCGAGAAAAGAAAUGGGGUGAAGUAGUCUUUGCCCUGAAAUUGGAAGGGAAUAGUAUGAAGUUAUGUGCUCAAGUUGAAAAGCUGUAUGCACAUAUUCUCUACCAGUUUGAGAAAUUGUACUUCUACAGGCGUCCUGCAAAGCAAGCUGGAUCUAACAGCACCAAAGGAUAGCCCAAGAGAUCUAUUAUUUUUUGGUUAUUUUAAGCAGAUAUAGAUUCAGUCUGGCACUUCACGCACACAAGUUCGAUAUAUGGGAGUGUUUCUUGGCAGUUUCUACUUAUAUAGUUUACAUUUACUUCUUGGACAUAACACAAGACAAUUCAGCAGCUUCAUUAUAUGAUGUUUUUGCUAUAUUUUGGUCUUAGAAAAUGUUCUAUUUAAUCUUAAAAAGGGUUUUUUUUAAAGGUCCACUGUUUUUAAAGGUCCACUUCAGAAGAAGCGGAAUUCAACAGCUAGUUUACCUUAUAUAAUGGAUAUUAAAGAUGGUAUGAAGGUCACAGAGAUCUCCAAGGACUACUCUUGCCACAUGACAAGUUUGUUACUUGGCAAAAAACUUUCCAAGUCCUGAGACAAUAUUCAUCAGUUUUCUUCAGUAAUUUAGUAGUGGUCUUUUGAGACUUUAGAGGUGCUUUUGCAAUAUUUUGGAUUCUAACUUAGCACUAGCAGGGACUGGGUAUGUGGAACAGCCUGUGCUUUUACCUCCACCCUCAAAUGUCAAAGAAAUGAAGAAACGCUGAGGUUCUCCGCCGGGACGAAAGACUGCAUAUCAGAUAUUCCUCAAGCAUGAAUGUGCUAGAUUGAAAACUUGUAGUCAGGCCUUAGAUGGCCAGAAAAUCCUACGUUUGGCUAUUGAUACAUGGAGGAAUAUGUCUGAAAUUGAGAAACAGCCAUAUGUGGAGGAAAGCAAGAAGAAAAAGGAAGAAAUUAAGGAAGCAAUGAAUGACCACAAUAAACAGCAAAUCACCCAAGAUACCAUCAGGGAGGAGAAGUGGCAUAGUCUGAGUGGUGAUUAUCUUGUAACUUCACAACCUGAGACAGAUAACUCCCUUUUCAACAAAGCCACUGUUGGGUUAGCUCUUAAAAUGACCGAAAAAGCACCAACAGAUCCUUCAUAUCUAAUGGACUGGAAUGCUUUUUUGUUCACUGGAUUUUCCCAAUUAGGGAAUCCGAGUAACUCCACUAGUCUAGUUAUAGGUAAGUUAUUUUUUGCUCAGAGGCCAUGACUAUGCAUCCAUAAGUUCUCUCCUUUUAGUAACUCAGUCCAAGCUGCUAUGUAUAUAUGUAUAUAUGUAUAUAUGGUUUUGAAACAGCUGAAACGGGCUUGGAAUAGUUGGAUCAUAGCAUCUUCUCUUGACAUUAGAAAAGUAUGUACAUAUAUGCUUCAAAGGCUUGUAUGGUAACACAAACUUAUGUAGUUAUGUUGGUGUAGUUCCUAUUGCAAACUAACUUUUUGUUGGGAUACAAAGACAACUAAUGGGACUCAUUUAUUUCA